AAGGAGGAAGCGCGCGGGGCGCCAUAAGGAGGAAGCGGGCGUUCGGCGGUGUCCGCGCGCCCGGCAGACGCUGCCUUGGCCCCGACGCACCCGCGCCCCCGCGGCCGGAGGGUGGUCGCUGCUGGGACACCGUGAGCCAGGAGUGAGCUGGAGCUGCCGCGCUGCCCAGGCCAUGGACUGCGAGGUCAGCAAUGGUUCCGGCCUCCAGGAUGAGCGCAUCACGAACCUGCUGGUGUUUGGCUUCCUCCAAAGCUGCUCCAACCACAGCUUCCACGCGGAGCUGGAGGCGCUGGGCCGCGAGCUGCCCCAGUGGGAGGAGCCCGAUGAGGAGCUGCAGACCGACGGCAACCGCAGCAGCCACGCCCACGUGGGGAGGAUAGAGGCAGAUUCUGAAAGUCAAGAAGACGUCAUCCGGAACAUUGCCAGGCAGCUCGCCCAGGUCGGGGACAGCCUGGACCGCAGCAUCCCCCCGGGCCUGGUGAACCGCCUGGCCCUGCAGCUCAGGAACGCUGGCCGGUCGGAGGAGGACCGGAGGAGGGACCUGGCCAGUGCCCUGGAGCAGCUGCUGCAGGCCCACCCUAUGGACAUGGACAAAGAGAAGACCAUGCUGGUGCUAGCCCUGCUGCUGGCCAAGGAGGUGGCCAAUCACACGCCGUCCUUGCUCCGUGAUGUCUUCCGCACAACAGUGAAUUUCAUUAACCAGAACCUACGUGCCUAUGUGAGGAGCUUAGCCAGAAACGAGACGGACUGAAUCGACGGUUCCGAAGGCAUGACUGGCUGCAGCUCGGUGUGGCUACAGCUGGGUGGCUGCCUCAGUGCAGGUGGGCCCCUGGCCUGUCAGCAGCGUCCCUAGAGAAGACGGGCUGGAUGGCGGCUGUGAUUUCUCUCUCAAAGACAAUGUUCUAAGCUUAUAACCCACUUAAAAAUAUCCACAUUAAUAUACUUGAAUGAAAAUGUCCAUCUGCACGUAUCUGAAUGGCCUUCAUGUCACCACACAUGAAUCUGCACAUUCGUAACUACAUAUGGUGCCUUUAUUUCAACUGUGCAGGUUCCCACUUGAAAAAACAGGUUUCAAGGCAGUAGAAACAAAACACAAUU